AUGCACUUCGCAUACCCCCCUCGCAAGAACUCCAACCCACCACCUUUUGGACAGCGCUCGUCGCAAAUACCGCCGAUCCUCCGUCGAAUUCGCAAAAGAACAGCUCUCUUUAUCGUUCUUGGUAUCGUUGGAUUGCUAUAUAUCUUGCUUGGCUCGAAAGCUGAGACACCGUACCACGAGCAUGCGCCGUCAGGCAACCCGCCAGUUGUCAUCCUGACAGUCUUCGACAAGACGCAGUACAGCACCACUUAUCUAGAAUCGAUUCGACACAACCGAGAGCAAUAUGCGACAAGACAUGGAUAUGAAGCCAUGGUUGUAGUGACGGAUGACUACAACACGGGCAAGUCUCCUCGUUCAUGGACCAAGGUGUUCGCGAUGCGCCAUGCGCUAUCAAAAUACCCCGAUGCUAAGUAUGUCUGGUUUCUUGAUCAGAACGCCUACAUCAUGGAGCUCGACCGGACUUUGGAGGAGCAAGUGUUGAACCCGACGAAACUUGAGGAACUGAUGAUCAAAGACUGGUCUAUAGUGCCGCCAGACAGUAUCAUCAAGACCUUCUCCCACUUGAAGGGCCAAGACGCGAAUCUUAUCAUCAGCCAAGACGAAGCUGGGCUGGUAACUAAAAGUUACGUCCUCAAGAAUGGCGACUGGGCUAAGUUCUUUGUCGAAACUUGGAUGGACCCUCUGUACCAAGCCUACAACUUCCAGAAAGCCGAGCGACAUGCCCUUGAACACAUCGUCCAAUGGCACCCUACGAUUCUCUCAAAACUCGCUCUUGUGCCGCAGCGCACGUUUGCCUCAUACGGCCGCAACAACAAGGAAGGCAAUGCGUACCGAGACGGAGACCUUGUCACGCUCAUGAUUGAUUGCACGACCACUGGCCAAACGUCCUGCGACAAGCUGUCGCAUGUUUACCAGCAGCAGUUGAAAAACAAGUUUGGCGAUGCCAGUGUGAUGUAA